AUGAUCGUUAUCCUGCUAUCCGCAGUACAUCAUCAUCAUCAUCAUAACUGGUCUACAAAUGCUUCACAUCCGCCAUCUUCAUGCACCGUUGAAAAUGCUAUUUGUUCUGCUAGCGAUGCACGUAUUUGCCGAAAUUCAAGCUGUGUAUCGGUGUGCUCAACACGUGGUAUGAAAGAAUGCGAAUGUGACUUGGAAGAGGACAAUUACUGCUAUCUGUGCUGUGGCAAUUCGAAUUCCCGGUGCAUGCCCGCACAUCAGUAUAAUAUCCUGAGAGAUAACGGAGAAAGAUGGGAACGUGAAGCUUGCGCACUUUGUCGUCAAAAUGGAGCAGAAUUGGAAGGUCUGGCAUGUGAUGACACGGAUCCAGCACGAUUGUGCCUUCAAGGCAAAUGCUCAAAUAGUAUAUGCCAUGAUAAAAAACCUGGGCAAUAUUGCGAUCGAAAGAUGGAAAAAAUAUGUGUGGAUGAUAUUUGUGAAAAUCCAUGUGCUCGCAUCAGUCCUCAUUUGAUGGUUUGUGAUUGUCCUUUGAUUGAUCCUGAUACGGGAUUCGCCUCUGAUGAUCGUUGUCAACUUUGUUGCUACGAUUUUAAUGUGAAACCUGCAUCAAGACGCUGUCAAAAUGCAUAUCGUCGAUUUAAUUUAGCAUCAACCCAUAAUAGGCCUAUUUGGCGUGUAGGUCUGGACUGUGCUGGUGGCAAAAAAUGUAAUCGCUACGGUGACGACGAUUAUAAUGAAUAUGGUUAUGAUGAUGAUGAUGAUGAAGGUGAUAUGAUGAUGAUGAUGAUGGUGAUGGUGAUUAUGAUAUGA